UCUGGAGGAGUGUUUCACUGCUCUCAGAAACUUCAGGAAGGUCUGUCUGGCUCAUUCGCCUCUACACUAAGACUAAAGGAAAAGAUGUCAACUAUUGUGCAGAAAGUGGGGGGCACUGGAGGUAAGGCUUUCAGCCUCAGCGGAACCGAAAAUGGGGCUGUGCUGAACAAGAUCCGGGUUUGGACGGGCAAAUCCUGGGUGACGUCCAUCAAGGUGUGGCUGACUGACGGCAGCGCCCAGGUGUUUGGGACCUCUCACGGGCCUUACAAGGAGUUCCAGUUUGGAGGUGGGGAGAAGUUCACCUCCCUCACGCUCUGGAGGAGCAAAGACAGCAGCCAUGUCGGGGGGAUCCACUUCAAGACCAACAGGGACCGAGAGUUCACUGCCAUGGUCACAGACUUCCAGCAGUGUCAGGAGGUCAUCAUGGACAUCGGCUCAGGGAUCUGCCUGGGCGUGACAGGCACCCACUACUGGGAUGUCAACAGCCUGGGCUUCGUCUUCCUGCAGUCCAUCCAGUACUCGCAGGUGACCAACGUCCAGUACCCAACCCUGACGGGCGCCAAACCCAGCGUGGAAAUGGAGGAGAAGAAGAUCAUGACGUACCAGAACGACAGCGGAGAGGUGCAAGAGUACCGUAUGGAAGUCACCACCAAAUGGACGAAGAAGUCGGAAUGGUCCAUGACACACGGCAUCAACGACACCUUCACCUUCAAGGUGAAGGCGGCCAUUCCAGAACUGGAAAACAGCGCUGGUAGCUACAUCUUAGUGCUUGGGCCAGAGGAAUUCCGCACUGUAAGCUUUCAAGAAAGUGCCACCAAAACUUUCACUGAAAAAGUCAAGGUUGAUCCAGGCCAGGUAAAGCAUGUCACCGCCAGAAUGGGCAAGGCCUACAUUCAAUUGCCUUACCAGGCAGUUCUGGAAAUCAAUUUCAAAGGUGGUGCCAAGAUGGAGAUUAACAUUAAGGGCAUUUACACAGGUUUAGCUUAUACAGAUGUCAUUUUCAGUGAAUAACUGCUGACUUACCAGCUAUAGGCAGGAUGUGAGGUGUAUGAGGUGUCCUGCAUAAAGUGCAGCCAUUUGUACAAUUUCUGUCACGAAUAAUUAAGAACUAGUUUAAUUCCCUCCACUUACAUUUAAUGUAUUUGUGUUGUUACAUCUAACGUGAAUGUAACUUGAUUGUAUAGUUGUAACCAACUAAUUGUAAAUACCUUAAUUCCAGUCAGUGUGUUCUGUUCUGUAAUAAAACUC